UUUUAUGAAAUAUUUUUUUCUGGCAGUUUAUGUAAAACAUUUGAUGAGAAACUACAAGGAAUGGUGCAGGAUUCCCUGAGUUAUCUUUCCUUGUCGUGCGAGGAGGAUCACAGAGUGGUGGGACCUGAGCCGUUCGACCGUCUCUCUGACACGGACACACUGUGUGAACACAUACAGACAACCUGUAAAGCCGGCUUAGAAGAGUUAUUGAAGUACCUGUCUGAACAUUUGAAGUUAUGGGAGAAAUCAUUGCAAGAAAUAAAAGAUGUGAACAUUAAUCAGCUAACACAAGACAAGGUCCUUUUGGUAGGCAGACUGUGCUCUGCACUAGGAGAUAUGGUUCCAGCUCUUCAGCAAUGCAUCAUGGGUAAAUCUGCUAUCCAUGGGACAGAUAGUCACAGAGGACAGAAAAAGCCAUCUUCUCAUAGUAGCAGUAAAAGUGUAGAAAAUCCUGAAUGGGUCAAGACGAAAGAGAGGCUGUGUAACUGUCACAAAGAGGCAUACAGAAUCUGGGUGGACCACUUAACAGAGACUGUGGUGUCCAGAUUCAGGAGUGCAGUUUGUUCCAGAGAACAUAGGAAUGCCCUCAUUCACUGUACAAGGUGGGAUGAGGUCAACAUAGAGGAAGAAACCGAAGAUGGGAAGAAGAUCAGUUCCAAAAUCAGGGUCCCAAUGCAGGCCUCCUGGUAUGUCCAAGAUCUGCUGUACAGUCUGUGUAGAGAAAUCAACAGAGUGGGAGGGCAUGCAGUGCAAAGGGGUACAUUGCAACAACUUGUCUUCAAAGUAUCAGAUGCAGUAAUGAAAUGCUUUGAAGAGGUUAUUUCUCACAGCAAGAAGAAUGACAAGGACUAUCUUCCUCUGACUCAACAGAGGGCUCUUCAACUCAUCUUUGACAUAAAAUUCAUCCUACAAAUAAUUCCCAGGAAAGAUGACACUGUG